AUAGGGGCGUACUUGACUGUAACACAGACAAACCAGUUGCUUGACCUUGUUCAUCGAUCUGCCAGCGGCACAGACACAUUUACAUUGCAGAGUCAUGAUGAGAUUUGCUCGCUAUGGGAAAUGGCUUCGCAGCGUUAUACACUGUUUCAAAAGGAUGUAGUAUCUGUUGAGCACUGCGAUGAGACACACGAGUUUGAAAUGCACUAUCGCCCCCUCUGGGACUGGGUGCUUGAUCUAUUGCAAGACAGCCGCCUCACAUACCACUUUGUAUUUGAUGCACAACGUCUUUCCAAAUUCAAUGGAGAGCAAUUUGUCUGCUUCAUAGAUGAAUCAUGGACUGCUGAUGCCUUCUGGAAUGCACAAGUAUGUCUUGUAGGUUCUUCUUAG